UUUCUUCACUCAAAUUGUUCCAACCUUUUCGUCAUGGCCAAAGACGAAUUAAUAGACGACCGGGUGUCGUUGAACCAUUGCGAGCAGGCCGUUGAUGCUCUUUUCACCCAUGUAUCGGAUGUUGCUGCCAAAAAGGCUGAUACGCAGCUGCUACCUGAUACGGAACAAUCAUUCUGGCUGACGGUGGCAUUAAAAAAGCAACCCCAGAGUUCCAGUCUCAAAGUCUUCACAAUUCCGGUCGCCUAUCCAAUUGUUGAUCCUCGAAAAGAGUCCGUUUGCCUGAUCACCAAAGACCCGCAACGAACGUACAAAGAUUUAAUCGUUGACAACGAUAUCCAUUUUAUUCAUAAGGUCGUGGGCAUUGAGAAGCUCAAAGGGAAAUUCAAAGCCUACGACGCCCGUCGCGCUCUGCUGAAGGAACAUGGCUUGUUCCUGGCAGAUAAACGAAUUAUUCCCCUUCUCCCAAAACUUCUCGGAUCGAAAUUUUUCGACGCAAAGAAGCAACCUCUUCCUGUCACAGUUACUCGCAAGGAUCUCAAGAAGGAGUUAGAACGUGCAAUAAAUUCGACCUAUAUGCCAUCCAUUCGUGGUACUGCUCUGUCAAUCAAAGUUGGCAAAUUUUCUCAACCAGCGGCUCAGGUUGUUGCUAAUAUCAAGACUGCAUUACCGGCUAUCGCUGCACGAGUGAAUGGCGGGUGGGACAAUAUCCAGGGUCUCGGCCUGAAAACGAGCAAUAGCGUUAAUCUGCCAAUUUGGAGUUGUUCACUGGACGAUACCGAUGGCGGUCGCUGGGCUGGUUUGACUGCGGAGGACGAGGAGGACGAAGAUGAGAGCCCAGGUGAAGAAGAUGAGGACGAAGACGAGAGCCAAGGUGAAGAUGAGGAUGAAGAGCUUGAACAGGACGAAUCUAUGGAUAGUGACGAAGCCGACAAAGAUGUGGAUAUGGACGGAGAUGACGAAAAGAGUGAUUCGCCAGCGGUUAUGCAGACGGGUAAAUCCAAAGGGAAAAAGCGCGCGGCAGACGUAGACGAAGACAACCAGAUCGUUGCAAGUCCGAAAAGGAAAAAGUCGAAAAAGAGCUCUGAUGGAUCUUCGUUGUCUGCCAAGGAUGGCACUGUCGAUGUCCCAACUACAUCGAAGAAAUCCAAACAGAUCGUGUCUACUCCCGCCAAAACAGUCGCCAAAGAAUCCGCCACGUCCAUAUCCCCCGCAAAAGACGUCGUUUCUGCCUCUAAACCCAGAGCAAAGAAAGGAACUGCAUUACAAGCCCCUACUCCCACUGCUGCCAAUACUCCUGCCACCACGAAAAAGGCCACAGCUGCUGUUGACAAAAAAUCGACAAAGAAAAAAUCGGCAGAAACUACAGAUGCUGCAGAUGCGGCUUCCGUCACCACCACCAUUCCUAAUACUUCUGCUUUGAAGGAUGCUCCAAAGAAAGAUAAGAAAAAAGAGGGAAAACCCAGUCCUACGGCAUCCGGCGGGCUCACGAAGCCUGCUCCUACCCCAAUCGUUGCUCCUAUCGCUACUACUUCCACAGAGUCUAUGUCUGCACCGGCAAAUAAAUCGAAAAAACCGCUUGCAUCAAAGACUGCUCCUGUUGAGCCCCUUGUUGACGUCUCUGUCUCUACACACGGGGAACCCCCCUCUACUCAGAAGAAGGGCAACAACGUGGGGGUCAAGGCGAAGAAGGUCGAGUCUGUCGCGACAGUUGUAGAGGAAAAGGACACGAGCUCUUCCAAGAAGGCAAAGAAAGAGAAAAGGACGACUCCUGCUGUCGAGGUCUCGGAAAAAAUACCUACGGUAGAGGUAGAGGUGAAGGAUGAAAACCCGAAGAAAAAGAGGAAGGAGAAGAAGGCGAAACUGUCAAGUGAUGGUGCACUGGAAACUGAAGUGACAGAUGUGGUCGUUGCCGUUACUGAGAACGCAAAGGAGGGGAAGGAGGAGCAGAAGAAGGAGAAGAAGAAGAAAGGGAAAAAAUUAAUCGAUCCUGCAGCAGGUCCCGAAGAUGAUGCCAUGGUCAUGGAUACUGCUCCUGCUCCGGACGCAGUGGAAAAGAAACCCAAGAAGGACAAGAAAUCCUUGGUUGCUGAUGAAAAGGAAGUUCCAGCAUCAUUGAGUAAAGAGGAGUUGAAGAAGAAGAAAAGCGAUGCGCCUGGGGAGAAAAAGAAAAACAAGGUUUCGAAGGCUAAGGGAGGCAAGAGCGUGAAGGAUUCUUUGCUGGGGAAGAAGGUUGUGUGAAGUACUUACGAAGUACAGGCAGUUAUAAGAUCUUUCUCUUUCGCUAUCGCUGUUUCUAUCGAUCUAUGGUUUUUUUGCGCCUACCGAUGGUAGUGGGAUAUCUACUAGCACAUUGUAUGAGACUUCAGAAUAUAUACAUAUGUAAUCCAACUUCGACGCAAGC